AUAGUUACUCUUGGGAGCCUGGCGUGCUCUGGUCCAUGGGGUCACGAAGAGUCGGACACGACUAAACGACUAAACAACAACAACUACUCCUCUUGGGAGCGGCAAGAGUAUUCUGCUGUUUAGAAACCUGUUCUACCUUCUGGGAUUCUUUAGGCUUGAUCAGGCUUUCUGAUUUCCAAGCUUCCAGAUCAUGGUGCUUAAGAUAUUCUUCCCCAUUUGCUGCUCAGCAGCUGAAAGUGGCCUGCUGGUUGGACGAUGGAUCCCAGAACAGAACUCCGCUGUUAUCCUGGCUGUGAUCCACUUCCCUUUCAUUCCUGGUCAGGUAAAGCAGUAUCUCUCCGAAAUGCAACAUGCAACACAAGUCAAGCUGUCUGUGCUGGGCUCAUGGACUAAAACCAAGCAAGCAAAGGAAGAGAGUUUGGACAGGUUCCUUGAAGACCUUGGCACCAUUUUUUCACACGACCCCUGGAUCCAACUCAGCAAGGAGAAAGGAAGCAAGUUUUGGAGCUGUUCCGCCUCUUGGAAAGACUCUAAUGGCAAUGAGGAAGAUGAAAAUAUCUUGGUUUAUUAUGACCAGCGUAAAGUGAUGCUGUCGCAGCUUCACCCCGCACAGGACCAGGUUGUUUCUUCUGAUCAGAAGACAGUGGAGGCUUCCAAAUUAGUUGCCGUGUUUGACACGGUUGCAAAGAGCAAGUUACUAUUCAUGAAGGACAGGUAUGACGAGGGGCCGGUCAAGCUCACCCACUGGCAGUCAGAAGGAGUAGAAGCCAGUAUUAUUGUGGAGCUGCUGAAACAGGCCUCUGUUCCUGCAUGUAUGCUGAUAACUUUCCUACUUUCACUUGUGUGUGGAAUCUGCAAAAGCAGAGUGUUGACGUUUUGGCCCUUGUCUUUCAUCUGGAGCAAGCUGUCAACUUGUGAGCAGCUGGGGCACCGGCUGCAGCACCUCCAAAUUAUCAGUAGCAGGCGGAAGGCUCCAAAUCAGACUCAGCUAAUGAGAAAAGCCAACAUAUUUCUUUCUCUUCUGAUUGACAUGACUCUUGGGAUACUACUGAUGUCCUGGCUGUACCAGAAGAAUCGAAUUGGUCAUCUUGCCAAUGCCCUUGUUCCAAUGGCUGAUCAUGUGGCCCAGCAGCUCCAGGACCUUCUGCAGUGGCUGAUGGGUGUGCCAGCUGGUUUGAAAAUGAACAGAGCUUUGGACCAAGUGUUGGGGCGGUUCUUCCUUUAUCACAUUCACCUUUGGAUUAGUUAUAUCCAUCUGAUGUCUCCUUUCAUUGAGAUGAUCCUCUGGCAUGUUGGCUUAUCAGCCUGUCUAGGCCUGACAGUGGCCCUUUCCAUCGUCUCUGAUAUCAUUGCACUCAUGACCUUUCACAUCUACUGUUUUUAUGUCUAUGGAGCCAGGCUCUACUGCCUCAAAAUCUAUGGCUUGUCGUCACUGUGGCGCUUGUUCCGUGGGAAGAAGUGGAACGUCUUGAGGCAACGCGUGGACUCCUGCUCCUACGACUUGGACCAGCUAUUCAUCGGCACUUUGCUGUUUACCAUCUUGCUGUUUCUUCUGCCCACAACCGCACUGUACUAUUUGGUCUUUACCUUGCUCCGUCUACUGGUGGUGAUUGUACAAGGCUUGAUCCAUCUGCUAGUGGACCUCAUCAACUCGCUGCCCUUUUAUUCAGUCAUUCUCCGGCUCUGCCGAUCCUACAGACUUGCAUCUGGUGUGAAGUUCAGAGUCCUGGAGCAGGAAGCUGGGAAACCUCUUCGACUUCUAAUGCAGAUAAACCCUCUGACCUACGGCCGCGUGGUGCAGCUGUACAAGCUCCCAACAUACAGCUGCUACCCCAAGGACUCCUGGGGCUCUUUGUGCAAGAAGCUGCUUGUUGGGGAGCUGAUCUACCCUUGGAAGCAUAAAGGAGAGAAGCAGGACUGAUUCGCAGCAACUGAGGUGGACGGCAAAUGCUUGAGCCGGAAAGGAACACUGGAGAGGCAGGGCUGUUAACUCCUGGCAAAAGACACCUUGGAAACAGCAGCUGCCGAGUGGUACCCAAUGGAUGCUUCAUUUUGCCAGGAAUGUGUUGGGCGGUCAGUUUCCAAGGAGGGAGGGAAGGAUUCAUUUCAGGAAUGGGCUCCCCUUUUCCUCUGGAUUGAGGGAAUUCCUUCUCCCCACCACCACUCAACAAAACAUUAUCUAAUCCCGAGUUAGAAAUUGCCAGCCUGGAAGUAUCAGGUGGCCAAAUUAACGCGACAGCCGAGAGGAAAUCUGUUUUCGUUUGUUUGUUUUCUUAGGGUAAGCUGCCAUUUCUGCAGGAGCCCAGUGUGCGGUAUCUGACACACAAUUCCACUUCUUGAUAAUUUCAGCUUCACUUCCCCCCACUCCUGACAUACAAGUGUCUAGCCCAGGUGAUUGUGAUGAUGUAGGUAAAGAUGUAUGGGCAACACCUGCCACAAGCUUGGGAGCCAAAGGGUUGGCCAAUAAGAUCCAGUGGUCUGAAGAGUCUGCCCAGCUCCAAUCAAUUCCUGUUGGGAGACAAGCACCUGGGGAGAGCCAGUGUUUUUAUACCCUACUUGCAGGGUUCCCAAAAGUAUUUGGCCAGCCACUGUCAGAGACAGGAGGAUGCUGGUCUGGUUGGAGCCAUGUCCUCAUCCAGGAGGACUUUGUUCUUAAGGUAUUAUGAAUUAAUGGGCAAGCUAGCUCUGAAAUGUAUCAUGUAGCUUAUGUGAUUGAUUUCUCUUUGACAAAUACUUGCCAUGGUGGGAUGUGAGAGAUGGACAAGCUGAAUCAGGACCAUGGCAUCUUUAACCCUCUGCCAUCCUGAUUAGAAUGGAGCCCAUGUACAUCUGCUAUUUGCAACAGGAAGAAAGUUCUCAUGGGUGCUAAUAGGGCUUUAUUCCAAUUGAAGAUAGCAGGUGGGGGGAAUUCUGUGGGCAAGGGGUUACAUGCUCUCCCUGGCAUACUCCUGAUCCAUUUCCCACCCACACCAGCUCUUUGUUGAAAAGGAAUCAGAUAUACAAUGUCAUGCUACAUGACAAACAUUGUGUCUAGUCUGGUCCAUUGUUAAUUACAGAGUUCCUUGCCUCCCCUGCUCCUGGCAAGUGACUAGAAACCAAUAGCAGAUUAUGCAAAAUUGGGAAAAAAAUGCAUUGGAAAUUAUGUAAAUAUGCUCCCAGGUCACAACAUUUAGUUUUACUCAUCCCAGACUUUUUCUUUCUUUUAUAGAGUAUAUGACAUGGUUGUUGUUUUCAAAAGUAGCCCCACUCAGCUUGUCACAGCACUUCUACAAGCGUAUUGUGAUAUGUCCAUUAAAAGGGGGGGGGUCAUUACAGGCAGUGACCAUUUUGUGCAAGGGUUCUGUUCCCUGCCCCCGCGCAUGUCGGCGGAACGCAUAUAAGCCCGUCCCACCCUGUUCCACCCCGCCCCCAUUCUGCCUUCUUGUGGGUCCGAGGACCUGUGCGUAGGCAAUCAUGCAUCAGUUGGACAUGUCUAAAAUGGUCACUGCCUGCAUUACACCGCCUGUAGGACAAUUCUAGGACAAAUGUAGACUGCUGCAAAACUUUGAUAUAUAAAUAUUUAGUAGAGAAUACACACUUGCCAUUCUUUUUUACAACAUAGACCAGAAACCACAGAUCUUUAUUAUCUAGUAUUUGAUCAUUCUGAGCUCCCUAUUACAUAAUUUGGCCCUAGUGAGGCUUAGAACAAUUAGUAAGCAGAUGAUGGAUCCAUGUACUUGGUGAUUUUAAAAAAUGUUUUAAGCCAUUUUAUUGGACAUUGAAUUCUAUAUUGGAGGCAAAUCUGCUUUGAGCAGCCUAAUAGAAGCUGGUGGUGGUGCAGGCAGGAUAGCCUCUUAUCUGUUGCUUAAUUUGGGAGCAGGACUUUAUUGUAUUUCAGGCAACUUGACGUGAGAGAAAUGAUUCCUAGACAAGAAACUGGAAGCAUACUUUGCUUUUCAAGUCAGCUCCAUUGAAAGUCCUUGGGGCGGAUUCUUUCUGAAUAGUUUUAGGUCAGUGUGUUUAUGUAAGAUGAAGGCCCAAAGUACUCACUGCCUUGCCAUUAAGUUUCAACUGAAGAGCCAUUACUAAGUGCCACAGUACAAAGCAAUAAUCGGUGUACCUCUCAAGUCAGCUCCUCUAUGAUGGCCAAGAACAUUCCUGGUUUUUUUAACCUUUUUUUAAGUCAAAGCUUUAAUGUUCAUUUCACCACCAGUCCUUGAUUUCCAACAUGUCUUCCUCCUACCCAUUGGCAUUUCUGUUUCCACCAUGCCUCAUAGCAGGUGGUACCUGCCAAUCUUAAUAGCACAACCACUAGCCUCCAGCUGUGUGACACACACACACUCUCUUUAGCAUUAACAUUGCUCUCUACUCAGGACAGACAGUGACGACAUACCCAGGGCACGAUUCAGGCCAGUGCUUCCAUACUUCAUCCUCAGGCAAACAGCAAUGCCCUGAGUGGGGAAUUCAGGUGGUUUUGGCAAGGCCAGUGGAGCAGGCCCUGGCCUUGAGACACUGCCAAGGAUGGGGCACUAGGGGACCCCUUCAAACAUGGAGCUGGCUGGCUCUUGCUUAGCUGUGAAUCUGGACUCAUUUGGUGCACUGCCAGCCUCGUGUAGCAACAGCCAAAUACACAGUAUUGUCCUUC